GAAACGUGUGAUCGCGCCGGGGAGCGGGAGAGAUUCUACAACGGGUUCCGAGAGGCUUCAUGGAUGUUUAGAUCAAACCAAUAGGCAGAGGGUGGCAGGAAAAACGGAGCUGGGAACAAAAUAUAGAAGAGCUGUGACAGGCACAAAUAGCAGCAUAGUGUCUUGUAGUUAGUAAUUCAUUGGUUUAGCCAUGGCAAAGUGGGGAGAGGGGGAUCCUCGGUGGAUCGUUGAGAUGAGAGCCGAUGCCACCAACGUGAACAAUUGGCACUGGACUGAAAGAGACGCCACUAGUUGGUCCUUGGCCAAAAUUAAAGAACUAAUGAUGGGCAUAAGAGUGGAAAGUGAGGAAGGGACAUGUGAUAUAACGGAAGUAAGCAAGCUGGAAGGGGAAGCAUCUAUCAACAACCGAAAAGGAAAAUUAAUUUUCUUCUAUGAGUGGGAUAUCAAGCUGAACUGGACAGGGGUCUCAAAGUCUGGUGUAAAAUACAAAGGAUAUGUGGAGAUUCCAAACCUUUCAGAUGAAAAUGAUCCCAGUGAAGUAGAGAUCAGAGUGUCCAUGGCUAAGGAUGAGCCUGAAACGAACCUGAUUGGUGUAAUGAGAAAACAGGGAAGCAAGCAAAUACGGGAAGCAGUGGCUCAGUACAUAUCCAUGCUAAAAUCAGAGUUUACUCAAGGAAUGAUCCUUCCCACAGCAAAUGGUGUUUCACAUAACAUUUCAGAAAUAAAACAGAAAACUGAGACAAACAUGCCACAGACAGGUAAAACCCAAACCUGUCAGAAUGCAGGGGUUAAAAUACCAACUUGCAAGGUGACCAUAAAGGACACUUUCCUAACUUCACCCGAAGAAUUGUACAGAGUGCUCACCCGGCAAGAGCUAGUGCAAGGAUUUACCCAUGCCCCUGCAUCCUUAACAGCAGAUAAAGGUGGCAAGUUCCAGCUUCUGGGAGGAAAUGUCAGUGGAGAAUUUAAAGAAUUGGAACCCGAGAAACAUAUUGUAAUGUCUUGGAGGUUUAAAUCUUGGCCACAAGGUCAUCAUGCUUCCAUCACUCUGACUUUCACAGACAAAGGUGGGGAGACAGAGCUGUGGAUGGAAGCUCGUGGUGUCCCACAGGGUGAAGAGGAGCGUACCAAAGAAGGCUGGAAAAGAUACUAUUUUGAUGGCAUCAAACAGACAUUUGGAUAUGGAGCUUUGCUCUUAUAAAUUCUACUUUUUUACUGGCCUAUCAAUAAAUAUUGUCUUGUGGACUGAGAAAUAUUUAAUUUGUGGGGUUUUUAUCUCCAUGCGGUAAGAGACUCUGAGCGUUUGAUUUCUGGGAAACGUUUAUCUAUGUCUGAUGGUGGCUUUGUACAGUAUCGUUCCUACAAGAAAAGUGUGAACAUUGUCAGACUGGAGCCCGGAGCUGUGUAUAUUCUUGUCAAACCAAUUAAAUCAUUAAGUUAUAAAAA